ACCCCUCGCGCGCGUGAGUCCACUGUCCCACCGUACAAUAUUUUAUGCGCCGUUUUUAAUAAUCCUGCACACAUGUAGGAUGUAAAUUAAUUCAUUUGUGCUUAUCGUCCACGUUACAGAUGGCCUAAAAAUACAUUUUUCGUAGCAUAUUCUUGUGUGCGUUGUGCGUGACAAAAAGAACAAACAAAUCUCAGUCCUUUCAAUAUUCUUCCACGAGGUCUGUCGUGCAUCUUUGCAGCAACAAUAAUAUCGAUUAUUACGAAUUAUCGGAGACAUAUUUAUUUCAUUUUAACAUUUUCAACAUAUCGACAAAAGACUUUUAAACUUCUAAAUCUUAAAUAUACCAAAUAUACAGUGCAAUAUUUACAUCAGAAAAAAUUUAAAGCAAUGUCAAGUUUUGACAGCUAGUGAAAAUACAUCAAAUUUCUAUAGAGAAAAUUUAUCAAAUAUCAUUUUACUAUGUCAACUGACACAGCACAGGAGAAAAAUAUCUAUCUCAAUGGAAAAGAUUCAAUCAAAAAAUCCGCAUUUGCUCCACCUACUACCACUCGAGGUGGUCUCCGAGUUUACAAAAUUGUUGUACUCGGAGAUGGGGGAGUUGGUAAAUCAGCUGUUACCCUCCAAUUUGUCAGUCAUAGCUUCUUGGAGUACCAUGACCCUACAAUAGAGGAUUCUUAUCAGCAACAAGCGGUCAUAGAUGGCGAAGCUGCGCUGUUGGACAUUUUAGAUACAGCUGGACAAGUCGAAUUUACAGCUAUGAGAGAUCAGUACAUGAGAUGUGGAGAGGGUUUCAUGAUUUGCUAUUCAGUGACGGACAGGCACAGUUUUCAAGAGGCAUUGGAGUACAGAAAAUUAAUAUCAAAAGUGAGAGCAAGCGAAGAUAUACCAUUGGUGUUGGUCGGCAAUAAAUUUGAUCUCCAGCCACGACGCAAAGUUUCGACCGAAGAGGGAAGAGCUUUGGCGGAUCAACUUGGCUGUCCCUUCUAUGAAACAUCAGCGGCACUCCGACAAUUCAUUGACGAUGCAUUUUACUCUGUAGUACGACAAAUACGUGCCAAAGAGAAUUCACGUGAGAUUGUGAGGAAACACAGUCGAUGGUGGCGUCUCAGAUCCAUAUUUGCUUUUAUAUUUCAACGAAAGAAGAGAAACAAUUCUCAUUAUUCGCCCUAAACAUCACCAACGAUACAAUAAUAAGAACCACCUUGCUGAUAGUCCAAAGUGGGCGUUUUGUUUAUUUUUCGUUUCUUUUCGGACUGCUGCAAAAUUGAAACAAUGAAAAAUGAAUAAACAAAAAGUAGGCGCAGGCGUUUCUUUUUUGUCUGAGGAAAAAAUAUCAUUAGAACUGAUAAUAAAACGAAAAUCAUCUAUUAUUUAUUUUUUUACUAAAUUACAAAAUAUUUAAGAUGCAGUGAUUAGAAAUUUCAUGUCUUUUUCGAAAACCAUUUUGCCCAGUCUUGAGUUAAGAUAAAACGAAAAAUUCAAAACAUCCGACCAAAAUUCGCACAACAAUUUUUUAUGAAAAAAUUGCGUUAUUGACAAAUAUAUUUUUAAUAGAAACAAUGAAUACUUUGUGAAAAUACGCUUGGUGCCGUUUAACAGAGCAAAUAUUUUUCAUCCUAACAGGAUAAAUAGUUUUUUCCAUCAACAACAAUAUAAUUUCAACGAAUGUGAAGAAACGUUUGUGAAUUUCCAAUAUAUCUAAAAGAAUAUCAAAAUGAUUGGAUAAAAAUGCAGGCAAUUUUCGUUCAAUCAUUCACAAAUCUACGCACACGUCGAAACGUAACUAAAAUUUAUGGCGAUAAAAUAUUUUCGCCAUUUUCAUUUGGCUUCGUUUUCUUUUUAACAUAUUUUACAAAAUAUCAAGAGACUCGGUAGAGUUUAACCAUGCUUCUGUUAAAUGUUUAUGAACGUUAGCGUACAUGUGUGAUAGAAAUUAAGAAAACGAAACAACUGAUAUCAUUCAUGAAGGUAGUUCACUUUCAUGGCCUAUUUUUUUUGCUUAUGUCUUUAAUAUUAAUAAUAUUACCAUAUCGAAAAUGUACUCCAAUGAAAUCGAGUAACAAAAAAAUCGUAAUUUUCUAACGUUUCAUGUUAGAACCACAAUUCUUCGAUAAGUUUUCAAUUUUCAAAUCACAUUUUCGAUUUUAUUUAUCGGAAAAUUUGCUUAUCAACGAAAACCCCAAAUUUUUUAACGUUUCUCCAUUAUUUUGGUUAUUUUAUAUUAUAUUUUCAAUUGAAAAACGCUUUUCAUAGAGAUUUGAAACUAUGAAUGUGAAACUUCAGUGUGAACUACCUUUACAAACGAUUUAUACAAUUCUCAUACCGGUAAAGCUUUGCACGCGAAUGGAAAAUGAAACCAGCAAGGAGAAUAAUGAAACGCGUCCCAGCGUUAAAAAAAAAUACAAAUUUUAUCGCAACGAAUUCUGACAUCAGAAGAAAUAAAAAAAAAAAAAAACAAAAUAAA